GGCCAGGGCCGGGCCGGGCGGCGGCGGAGGCAGCAAGCCCUUGCAGAGCUGGCCCGGAGUCGCGGCGGGGGAAGUCGGAGGCGAGGCUGGGGGAGGCGGUCUCCCCUCCCGCUGCUGCUGAAGGAAGACUGAGGAGCCGGGCUGAGGGCCGCCUCUGCCUGGGCUGUAGCCCUCUCUCUCGGCGCCCUGGCUGCGAGGCGGAAGGCGGGGUACCUGAGCACAGGAGAUGUCUGGGGAGCCCUCCAGCCACCUACUUCCAUCUUUGACAUGGCAGCAGUAGUGAUGGUCCCAGUCAUUCAUUCUCAAGGUAUGUCUUGCAUUCCUGAAGUAGUGCCUAAAUUUUCCAGGAGAGCAAUACAGUGAUUUACAAAACAGGUAUGUGAUGUCAAACCAGUAGGCAGUCUCAGUGGAGCCUCCCACACACUGCUGGAACGUCAUGUGCCAGUAUGAAUAUUAACACAGACACACACACUUCAGCACUCUGCAACCAAAGAAGAGAAAAAGAGAAACCAAAUGUUUGGAACCAGUGACUGGACCACUCGCAAAACACUGCAUGUCUAACUUCUACUGAGAAUACAUGCCAUUUCUGGUAUUGGAGAGGAGUGAAACAGAAGCAAGGUCUUUCCCCUUCCCCUGAUUUGAGAGAAGAAGAGCAAGAGAGUUUUACAAUUCCUUUUUACCUUGGGUUUCCGGUUCUCAGCUGCAGUGGCCACGAGCACUGGACAGCAAUAUGUGUCAUGUUAUUGUCACCUGCCGCUCAAUGCUGUGGACACUCCUGAGUAUUGUUGUGGCUUUCGCUGAGCUUAUAGCCUUCAUGAGUGCUGAUUGGCUGAUCGGCAAGGCAAAACCUGGGCGUUCUGAGGACGUGGACAACAGGACAGGAGGCUCAAUGGAACCAUAUCGUCCAACCUUAGGGAUCUAUGGACGUUGCACCAGAAUCCCACACAUCCAGUCUUCCAUGCCUGACACACUUUGUGGCCCCUAUGCAGAGAACUUCAGUGAAAUUGCCAGUGGGUUCUGGCAAGCGACUGCUAUUUUCCUUGCCAUGGGGAUUGUGAUACUCUGUGCCAUUGCAUUUGUAUCUGUCUUCACCAUGUGCAUACAGAGUAUUAUGAAGAAAAGUAUUUUUAACGUCUGUGGAUUGCUACAAGGGAUUGCAGGUCUCUUCCUUAUCCUAGGCUUGAUCUUAUACCCUGCAGGUUGGGGUUGUCAGAAGGCAAUAAGCUAUUGUGGAUCUUAUGCUUCAGCUUAUAAACUUGGUGACUGUUCUCUUGGCUGGGCUUUCUACACUGCCAUCGGGGGUACCGUCCUGACUUUUAUCUGUGCCGUCUUCUCUGCCCAAGCUGAAAUUGCCACCUCCAGUGACAAAGUGCAAGAGGAAAUUGAAGAGGGGAAAAGCCUUAUCUGUCUCCUUUAAUGAUCCAAGAAAAAUCACUUCAUCUCUCAGAAGAACUGUUUACAAAGUGGUUUAAUAGGUGGACUCUUGUAGGAGACAAUGGAUACAUGCAAGUCUUCUAGAGGGUCAAGCAUUAUAGUGUCACUUUAUAGGCAGUGUAAGAAGAAAAUGUUAACUGGUGGGAAUUCUUAUAGUUGGUACAUCAACAGGGUGCUACUUAGCACACCUGUUGGCUUCAAGUUUCUAUGAAUGAUGCCAAACAACUGUGGAAGUGAUUAACUUAUGUUCAUCACCAUGAAGGACUGUGAAGGAAUCCUUGAAGGAUAAUGUUUAAAAUAAAUAUGUAUGUCUCGAGUAUUUACAGAACAAGAUAGUGUAAUCAGGCUUCAGUUUCAAGGGUUUUAGGCACCAAAAGUGGUAAUAUCCUCCACAGCAGAAUUCAGUUUAUCAAAAAAGCAGAACAAUUUGUUUUGCAUGCAAUAGCAAAUUGGGAGAAUGUCUAGGAAACAAGCAGGAAUUCCAGCUGUAGUUAACAGGAAAGGGACUUACAAGCAAUACUUUACCUAAGAAACACUGGGUUACAACCUAAACAAGUAAUGGGCAGGAGCAGCCAGAAUUUCAAGUAAAUUACUUAGGUUUUCUAUGCACAGGCAAGUCGUACUAUUGAUUUCUCUGAAUAAAUGUAGAUGGUAAAGGAGGUCUUAGGGUGUGCCUAUAAGACAAAAUGUAGGUCCUCCAUCUUCAGGGACAUUUGCAAGCUCAGUACUGCCAGCUGCUUCUUCUCAUCAUUAUGAAUCCAAAAUGCCAUCAUGCUCAUAGAGAUCUGUGCCUAAAGAAACCACAGUACCACCUAAUGGUAGUUCUUCUGAAAGCUCUUUUUAGGUUGUGUUGCACCCUUAUGGAGAUGCAGAUUAGUGUUGCGGUUAGUGGUUUCCCACAAAUGGUCCUUUUCCAUUAGACUUGUCAUUAUAUUUGUGUAAUUUUCCAUGCUUUUUUGAAAAUACACAGAAUUAAAAGAACAGCACAAUGCAGUGGUGGAUGUAUAAGAAAAGUGAAGAGAUGAUAAUGUCUAAUAUCUUGAUGUUCAGUUAUUAGGUUAACCUCAUUAACAUUGAUAUUUUAUAUUGUACCUUUUUGAUAGACAAAGAAGAAACACAGCAGUUGGGAGGCUGCUAGAUUAAAAUGCCACAUCAAACCACUAAUAAAAACCACUUAUUUCUAUCAUAUUUUCUAAAAGAAAAAAAAUUCCAGUGAAAAGGAAUGUAAUUUAGAAUCUACCGUUUAACUCAGGAUUAUUGUGCAUGGCUGCUGCUUCUUUAACCACUGCUACAAGAACUCUAGUAAGGCACCUGUAAAUUAACAAGUGGGAAUUAUAGACGUACACUUUUUGUAUGAUGUUAUCAAAGCUGACAUGUUGAAUACCGAAAGUGCUAAACGUGGGAACUGCCAGUCCACAAAAGCCAGGGUGCCUCUAUGUGACAGUUGCUACAGCUACACCAUGACUAGUGUUCAAAAAUGUGUGGACAGUCCCCAAAGUGAAGUAUGAGAGGGGCUCUGCAACCCACAUGUAGCACAGCAGACACCACAACUUAGCAGAGUAUAAAAUGCCACUUUCAGAAGAGGGGAAGGAAAUCAUACAUAGAUGAGUAUGACAAGCAAAACUGUUAACCUUGCUUAACCUGGAAAUCCAACAGUAUGUGGCUGGAAUUUUGUUAGUAAUAUAUGUGCAUAUAAUUCAGUGUUGUGCAUGUAUGUCUGGUUUUGUACACUGCACAAGGAGCCAUUGACUAGCUCUUUCCAGAAUAGCCUAAAAACACAUUCCCCCCUAAAAAAAAAAAAUUAAGAAGAAGAAGAAAUAGGCUAACUUUGGCCCAUGGCAAAUGUUGCCUGCUAUUAUGGACUGCCAGAUGCUUGUUAAACCCUCCCAAGGUUUAGCAAAGCCCUGAUGGCCAAAAAACAUGGUUGAUGGGACUUGUUUAGAGAUCCAAGCAGGAUGCUUUCAUUUUACAUACUGGGAGGUUCCAGUACAAAGCCCCUUCAUCAUGUUUAUGGUUGUGUGAUUUGCUCUUCUUGCUAGUAGUAAAGGACAAAAACUUUAGGUUGAAGCAUUUUACUGUUGCGGUUAGAAUAACCAGUAAAUGGAGCUAUUCAGAUGUUUACAUUAAGAGCUGCCUAAAUAAUCACAGGGUAUGAUUUUACCACAUUCCACAUAGGGAAAUUGUCAGACUGAACUUCAUGUAAAUAUCGCUACAACUGCUGCUUAGAUCCAGGUGCAUGUGCAUCAUGAAUCUGGCUGUGCACCAAACAGCACCCCCUCCCCCUUAAAAAUGCAGCAGAAUGUACAAGAAAUGAUUUCACAUUUUCUCCCCACACACAUAUUUAAGAUACUCUGGUACUUCAACUCCAUACUGCUUCUUGAGCUACAUUUGUUUCAAGAGCUGUUCAGGACUGUUACUGCAGAACAGACUAGUAUAGGGUGCACUUGAAAAAACACUUGUCGUGAAAGAACUUGUUGAUUCAAUAAACCACUGUUUUUUGUAAUUAGUCCCCUACAUUUCAAAUUUUCUUUUGUCAUGGUUUCAAAAUGGUAUGCCAGCUUAAGAGACUGCCAUUUUGCAAUGUUGAGUGCAUAAUCAAUAAGUCCGCUUUUAAAAAAACCAGACAAACUGUGGUGUUCCCAAUUAAUUGACAGAUAGCCUUUCAAUACUGCAUACAGGUAAGGUGUUCAGGGAGAUGCCAGGAAGCAAGGAAGUCAGCUUCUGCCAGCCCUCUUCUACAUUAUUUUCUUUGCAUCCAAUCCAUUUAACUUUAGAAUUUGUCUGUGUUUUUUUAUCUUGAACAAAGUGCAUUAUCCACAAGAAAAUGGAUCAAAAAGGCACAGUAGCAUAAUGAUGCAGCCUAGGCCCAAAUAAAUCUUAGCUAGCACAUAAAUCAGAAAGGUAAACAUUCAUUUAAUUUUGUUCCUUACUAAGAUACUGUUUUAGUAUAUUUGCUUUAGAAUCACCACCUAAAACAAUUGCAUCUUACAGACUAAUAUAGGUCAACUAUAAAACUGCUUUUGUUCAAAUGCCUCUAAGCUCAAAAAGUUACUGAGGGAGGAGGCACGCCCUUGCCCUUUACCUGUACUACAAUAGCAGGCACCAAGGUCUGGAGCUUUCCUGGAAUGCAGAGGUACAGUCCCAUAUAAAGGACUAUGCACAUCCCAUUGAUACAGUCAAGAUUUCAACCCCAUGUUUGAUCCAAAUGAGGAUUUCACUAACCAAUCAUUGGUGUUGCCUAUACAGUAGGGCCUUGCUAUCUGCGGGCUUGCCAUCUGCAGACUUAAGCAUCCACAGAUAGUAAAUCCCUUUGUUGUCUAUGGUGCUAGCAGCCAUGCACACACUGUACUGCCAUUAGGGACAAUGGGGCUUUUGAGAUCUUGCAUUUCUUUGUAUCUGUUGGGGGGAGGGGGUCCAGAACAGAUCCCCUGGGAUAUGAAGGUCCAACUGUAUAGGAAACAAUGUUCCUUUCUUACAGGUGAGACACCGGUUUUCUAAGUUUUGGUUCCAGUUCAUGCUUCGUGAAGGGGUUGGGGUGCACCACAUGAAAAAAAAAAAGCCUACGGCAUGGUUUCAUUGUUUUUGUACCCACUGCUAUCAAUAUAAUCUCAUAGUUACUUGAAAGUUCUGUUGUCACCCCCUAAGUUUACAUUAAGGUGUGUCCAUCAAACUACCAAGCUUUUGAUAAAAUGUCCAAAGAAACAUCCUGCAAUUUAAUCUGCAGUUUUCAUCUCUAGAAACUAUGCGUGAAAUGUGGUAUUUCAGUUUACUGAGAUUUAUAUGUCAUUGCUUUUUCAAGGGAGUAACAAAUUUAAAAUCUAAACAGUUUAUAUCUAUAAUGUGCAAUACAAAGAUUAGAAAAUGAAUGGUUUGAUAGGGACAAGAAUGCUGAAGUUUCUGUAGACAAAACAACUAUAAUGCCAUUUAACAUUAGAAAUCAACCUUGUCCUUAAAAAAUCCCUCUUUGAAAGAAGGCAUGGUUAACAAUAACUGCAGUGAUUGGUAAUCUAUUUAUAGCCUUAACUCUAAAUGUGAAGGGUAAGCUGGUAUUUAGCAACUAAGGCGCUCAUUGGCAAAAAGAAGAGGAACAGGGAAGGGAUGUUUGAUGUGCUACAGUCUGCUAAACUUAGUAAGGAACAUUGUUGUUGAGCUGUACUGCUAAUUUAAUUUGUCAACAAUAUAGUUUGUUUGUUUUUUGCCUAAUAAACAAUUAUUAACCCCUGA